GUAUUCCACAAACAGUGUCACCACACACCGGCAAAAUGUUUUUUUUGUAGCCCUGACUUGCAUAACCCGCACCUGGCAGUUGUGUGGUGAAAAAACAAUAACAAAAUGAUGCAGCUAGUAAAAGCUUUGCGGCAGGUGCAGCCCUCCAGACUAUACUCGUUAGCAGCAGCGGUGCCAACAACCACAACAACAUCGCCGACCGUCGCAGCCCCAGCUGAGCCUGAUCAACUUUACAGCAAGCUGGAAAUUGAGCUACGCGGUGUCGAUCCAGCUGUGCUUAAGAGUUACACCUGGUUUGCCACAACAGCUGCCGAGCAUUUGAAUAUUGAAUUGGGCAAGUGUUGGUCACCCCGAAAGGCACAUCAUGAACGCAUGACUUUGCUGAAGUCGGUGCACAUCUAUAAGAAGCAUCGUGUACAAUACGAGAUUCGUACACAUUUUCGUUACAUGAACUUCCACAAGUUGACCGGCUCCACGUUGGACACAUUUCUAGAGUACAUCGAACGCAAUCUGCCCGAGGGUGUGGCACUGCAAGCAACCAAAACAGAGCUACAACAGAUACCUGAGCACUUGCGGCAACCGCCAGAGCAGGUCUAACAUUAGCCAUUAGAUUAGAUCCCUUCGAUCUGAAUAUAGUUUAAUAAGUUUUGCAGUCAUGGAGGCAUUUCCCAGAUUAUUCUCCAAUUGGCGAAAGAAACAAAUAAAAUGUGUGCUAAUCGACAAAAAGAGUAGCCCAAAUUGAUAACGAUAAGCUCUAGUCCACAA